CGGCCGAGCGAGAGCAUGGCGUCGUCGGGGCCGGCGGGGUCGCGGCCGCCGCCGCCGCUGCUGCUGCUGCUGCUGGUGCUGCUGGGCGCGGCGCGGGCCGGCCUGCACUUCCGCCCGGGCCAGACCUGCUACCGGCCCCUGCGCGGGGACCAGCGGGCGCAGCUGGGGCGCAGGACUUACCCCCGGCCACAUGAGUACCUGUCCCCAUCGGAUCUCCCCAAGAGCUGGGACUGGCGUAAUGUGAAUGGAGUCAACUAUGCCAGCGUUACCAGGAACCAACACAUCCCGCAGUACUGUGGGUCCUGCUGGGCCCACGGCAGCACGAGUGCCAUGGCAGAUCGCAUCAACAUCAAGAGGAAGGGCGCGUGGCCCUCCACCCUGCUGUCGGUGCAGCACGUCCUUGACUGCGGCAGCGCCGGCUCCUGCGAGGGGGGCAACGACUUGCCCGUGUGGGAGUACGCCCACCGGCACGGCAUCCCCGAUGAGACCUGCAACAACUAUCAGGCCAAGGACCAAGAGUGUAACAAGUUUAACCAGUGUGGGACCUGUACAGAAUUCAAGGAGUGUCACACUAUCCAGAACUACACCCUGUGGCGCGUGGGUGACUACGGCUCCCUCUCAGGCAGGGCGAAGAUGAUGGCAGAGAUCUACGCCAAUGGUCCCAUCAGCUGUGGGAUAAUGGCAACAGAGAAGAUGGACAAAUACACUGGAGGCAUCUAUGCUGAGUACCAGGCCCAGCCCUACAUCAAUCACAUUGUCUCUGUGGCCGGGUGGGGUGUCAGCAACGAUGGCCUCGAGUACUGGAUUGUCCGGAAUUCCUGGGGCGAACCAUGGGGCGAGAGAGGCUGGAUGAGGAUUGUGACCAGCACCUAUAAGGAAGGACAGGGUGCCAGCUACAACCUUGCCAUUGAGGAGUCUUGCUCGUUCGGGGACCCCAUUGUUUAGUGGAUGGCUCUGAAGCAGUGUCAUGAACCAUGAGCAGAGGACGCCGGGCUGGGUGUGGGACUGGGUGACUGGAGACAGCACUGGACAUGUCGAUGUGAGGAGCAGCGUGGGACACGAGAAGGGCUGACGAAGGACAGGCACCUGUACAGCAGUCCCCAAGCUGACGCUGCCUUCAGCCACCGGGGAGGGUGGCCUGUAGCCCAGGAAGAGGGCAGAGUCUUGGUAUUUCACAUUUAGCAGAUGUGUCUAGACUAGGGCACCUAAAAGGCCCCACCACCAGUUCUGAUGUCACCUUGGAGUCAUUAAGGAGGGAGGUGGCCAUUUCAAACUGUCCAAGUGACAAAUAAAGUACCCACCUGGCUUUA